GGAAUACUUCUGAAUUGAAAAAGAAUUAACGGCGCUCCCGCUCAAAUACCAUUUCAAAUACAUACAGUUUUAGGAGAUUUUCCAUCUCUCUGAAACAAGAGCCGCGCACGAAGGCAGGCUGUGGUAGGGCUCCGCCAGUCCGUCCCCGCUGAAGCUCAAAGUUAAGGCUUUUAUACAAGUUAGGAAAAAGUAAAAAGGCUGUGUUUGUGUUAACAAAGCCCAAAAUUCUCAAUUCUCUGAGUUUGAAGGAAAUGGCGACAAACAUUGGGAUGAUGGACUCCGCGUAUUUCGUCGGCAGAUCGGAGAUUCUCGCGUGGAUUAAUUCCACCCUACACCUCAAUCUAUCGAAAGUCGAAGAGGCUUGCACGGGCGCUGUUCAAUGCCAGCUGAUGGAUGCGGUUCAUCCUGGAAUGGUUCCAAUGCACAAAGUCAAUUUUGAUGCAAAGAAUGAGUACGAGAUGAUUCAAAAUUACAAGGUCCUUCAAGAUGUUUUCAACAAACUCAAGAUCAAAAAGCACAUAGAGGUGAAUAAAUUGAUCAAGGGAAGGCCGCUAGACAAUUUGGAAUUUAUGCAAUGGAUGAAGCGUUACUGUGACUGUGUAAAUGGUGGACUCAUAAACAACUACAAUCCUUUGGAGAGGAGAGAGGCUUGCAAGGGUGGAAAAGAGCCUGGAAAAAAAUCUGCACCAUCACAACCUUUGACUAGAAGUACAUCAACUGCACCAAAAAAUGUUGGUCAUAAUAAUCGAAAGCCUGCUGAUGUACCUCACGCCAACCCAAAUCAACAUGUCAAAGCUACUCGUCCUUCAUCUAGUAGCUCUAGAUCUUCUUCAAGUGACGGGGCUCCAGUUUACCAUGAAUCAGAACGAACAAUGUUUGAGCAACAGAUUACGGAGUUGAAGCUGUCAAUAGACAGCCUAGAGAAAGAGAGGGACUUCUACUUUGCAAAGCUAAGGGAUGUAGAGAUUUUGUGCCAAACCCCUGAGAUUGAACAUAUGCAGGUUGUUGAAGCAAUAAAAAUGAUUCUAUAUGCAGCGGAUAAUGAUGCAUCAGUGGUUGCGGAAGCUCAAGCUAUGAUAUCCCAGAAGCAACAACAAUUGAAGCCCUCUGAAACCACCACAUCAGAAGAGACAGAGGAGAAGGUGAAGUCUGAUUCUCAAAAGAGGAAAAUCAUAAUUAAUGUUGAUGUCGAUGCUGCCGCCAGCAAUAUAUCAUCUCCAAAGCAGCGGUUCUCUGAAACCUCCGAUGUCCAUUGCAGUGAAUCUCCACUAGUCACUUACUGAUCACUGCAACUAAUACGGGAUUUAUCUUCGGUGAUAGGAGUAGAAGAUGAAAAUAUGUGAUCAACUCUGAAUCUUGCCCACAUAGUCGAGACAAGUCCGGACAUGAUCAGUAAAUGAUUGGUGGAGAUCCACUCUAAUGGAUAUCGAAGGUUUUAGAGUUGAUAUAUCAUCUCCAAAGCAGCAGUUCUCUGAAACCUCCGAUGUCCAUUGGAGUGGAUCUCCCACCAGUCACUUGCUGAUCAAGUCCGGACUUGUCUCGACUAUGUGGGCAAGAUUCAAAGUUGAUCACAUGUUUCCAUCUUCUACUCCUAUCACUGAAUAUACAUCCCGUACCAGUUGCAUUGCAUUGAAAUGGUCCUCACUGUCUGCAGGUUACUCAAACAUUGGCCCCUCCCCGGCCUCACUAUGUUGUCUGUUGAUAAUAAAAACAUCAUCUUUUUUGCUGUGGGCAAUAGUUGUUGAUCUUGCAGGGCAGGAUCUUCCUGUCAUAUCUUGGUUGUUUGGAGUAAGACAAUGUAAUACUACACCAAAAUAUAUGGUACAAUUUGUAUCUAUUUUCGUAGUUUUGAUUGUGCAAUAGCUUGCAGUUUUUUUACCACUUUGAUUUCUUGAGGGAUGAAAUAGCAUUUUCUUUUCUUUUCUUUUCUUCUCCUGCUUGUCCAUUCCAUUAAACCUCUUUUUGUAAGCUGUGACAGAUUGAUGAUCCUCCAGCUGCCAGAAUCUCAGGGUACAUUAG